AUGUGGCUGUGAAGGCGAGCCAGGCACACACAAGUACCUGUUCCCUCCUUUCAGGGAGGCUAGCAUUUGAAGGUGGUUGACAUAAUCUACACUUCUACACUACUCUGGAUUGCUGCCUUCCUUUUGGAACAAUCCUGCUUUUUACAGGGGGAGAAAGUUGAGUUGAAAACCACCUCAGAAAAGGUAAGAUAUUUUGUGAGGGGAAAAGACACACCGAGAGAAGAAGGAACUUUAUCAAAGAGGAAACAGAAUCAUCCAGUGAUAAGCAUACAGCGCAAACCCAGGGAAAGCAGGAAGAUCACCAUGGUUACUCUGGACGUGCGGUCGCUGACGGUCCCAGUGGGCAUCGUGAGGGUGCUGGAGGUGGUCCUGUGCUGCAUCUCCUUUAGCUUGGCAGCAGCGCAGGGCAACAGCAGCUCAUCUUACUGGGCUUGGAGCAUGUUCACCUGGUGCUUCUGCUUUGUGGUAACCCUCCUCAUCCUCAUCCUGGAGUUCACCAGCCUGCACAACAAGAUACCCAUUUCCUGGGAUGACUUCACCACCGCCUUCGCCAUGCUGGCCACUCUGAUGGUGUUAGCUGCCUCCGUCAUCUACCCCACAUUUUUUGCCUGCUCCAACUGCUCCAAGGCCAUCGGUGCCACUGCCAUUUCGUGUCUGUGCUUCAUCAUGUACGCCGUGGAGGUCGGGCUGACACGCUCCCGGCCCGGUGAGAUCAGCGGCUUCUUGUCCACGGUGCCCGGCCUCAUGAAGGUCCUGGAGGCCUUUGUGGCCUGCAUCAUCUUCAUCUGCCUCAUGCCAAACCAGUACAACCAGUAUCCUGGUCUGCAGUGGUGCGUAGCUGUCUACUCCCUCUGCUUCAUCUUCGCCCUGAUCAUCAUCCUCUUCACCAUCUGUCGCCUCCUGUCACUGUUCCCCUUCCCCUUCGACAAGGUGCUGACGUACUAUAACGUCCUGGCUGUCCUCAUGUACAUGACAGCGGUGGUGAUCUGGCCUCUCUAUAGCUUCAAGGACAACCCCCGGCCCGCCAACUGCAAGCACUGCAACUGGGACUCACUAGUGGUGGUAUCUUUCAUGACGUGCAUCAACCUCAUUGUCUACAUUGUGGACACUGCCUAUUCUGUGCGUCUGGUCUUCUUUGUCACCCCGUCUUAGGUUCUCAGGCAUGGUGGGCCCUUGCACUGCACCCCUAGAGUUCGUGCAGUGCUCUACAGGCCUAAAGUGCACACCUGUCCUCAGGACAGAACUUAACUCAAGCAGGUGCUCAAUACCUUGCAGUCAGACAGCCUUUUAGUAAGUCUCCUUUAUGGGGUAUGUUGCUUUUGAAGUCGUGUCUUCAGAAUAACUUUUUCUUUUUAAUUUUCACUGAUGAUGAUAAUGGAUAGCUAAUGCUUGUGCUUGUGUGAAUGUGCAAAAGUGUCUUUUCACUGUAUUUUUACCACCUUUGUUAAAGUGUACAUGCACACCUAUGAUAUGCCUCGCUGAAGUUAAUAAAUCAUCAAAG